CAUGUACUUCGGCCCAAAGAACAGUCGUUUUCGAGUUACCGUUACGCAAGCAACUCUUCCAGUCAUCAGUAGAAAUAAACGACUACAUAUUAUCAACAUCUUCAUCUAUCUGCAUGAUCAGAGACAAAAAAAAAAAGACGAAGUAGUACGUUACUUGAUUUUUAUUAGUAGCAAUUUAUUACUAGCAAUAUUUCAGUCGACGCUGGAAUACAUGUGACACGUGUAGUGUUAUAGUAUACAAUUUUGAAGUGUGUUGAUAGAAAGGUCGUAAGCAGACUAAGUUGAUAACGAAAAAAGUACGAGGCACCUUUUAAGAUGGGUUCUAUGCUAACCUACUUUCUUGGCAAUCCAGACGAUGAUGUCGUAGAUCCGAAACUUGGUUUGACUAAUAAGGAAAAGAGAAUUAUAAGAGAAACAUGGGGUGUAUUGCGUGCUAAUUCGGUAAAAGUUGGCGUAGAUAUUAUGAUAAGUUACUUUAAAAGAUUUCCUCAGCAUCAUAGAGCUUUCCCUCCGUUUAAGGAUAUUCCGGCAGAUGAUUUAGUAGGCAAUAAAAAGUUUCACGCUCAUUGUCAGGGUAUUAUGAGUACAUUGAACGAUGCGAUCGAUGCUUUGGACGAUGUUGACUUAAUGGAUGCGAUAUUGCAUACUACUGGCAAGAGACAUGGACGACGUGGUCAGGGCAGACAAGAGUUUAUUGAUUUGAAAGGAGUGGUGAUGGACGCAAUGAGAGACGCGUUUGGAUCGAAAUUUACCACCGAAGUGGAAGUCGCUUGGGACAAAGCGAUCGAUGCCUUAUUUUCAAAAAUAUUCGAAGGCGAAGAUAUGAUAUAGCAAGUGUAUAACCACUAAACGAUUUUUUUUAAUCAGCAUCUGUAUCGCUAUCGCUAUCUGGAUGUAUAUAAUCAGUAGCUACACUGCUUGCUUCAGUAGUGUAUUUCUUCUUUCUUCUUUCUCUUUGCACUUUAUAUUCUUCGUCUUCACUUUCCUGCUGCUUUAAUUUUCUGUAAAUUAAGCACGAGUAUAUAAAGGGUGUAUAAAAAAAAGUCGGGGAAAAGCUUUAGGAGCAUAUAAUACUCGUGAAAACAAGGAAAAAUGUCUUAAUAUAUAUGGGUUGAAAAACCAUCCGUUCCAUAGUUAUCGCUUAAUGUAUAAAGGUAUAGUAUAUAAGUAAACCAGUAGUUGCUUCGUGAAAUGUGUUGAUACAACGAAUCGAACACUGCCGAAAGAUUAGAAAAAUGGCAGGAUAUGUCGUCGUGUACACAAUUGUAUGAAAAAACGUGUCGAAGUGUGUGUUGAAUGAACGAGAGGCAUAUUGAUUAUAUACCGUAGAGGUAAUGUCUUAUUGAGAAAAAUAUCUCGUAGCAUUGAAAUUAAUGCUUUUUCUACCCAUGUUUAUUAAGACCUUUUUUUGCUUGUUUUCAUGAGUAUUAUACUAUAUUAAAGUAUUUUCCCCAUUUUUUUGCACAUCCUGCGAUUGUGUAAAACGAAACACGAAACAAAUGGACAAUUUUUGUUACUGGUAUCUAUAACACGGCAAAAAUAUGCGGCAAAUGAUAAUCGAAUAAUAAUCGUACUUGUACUUGGUUUUGCGAAAGUGCUGUCUGAUCUUUUGCAAUACUGUGUAACAUAUCAGUGUUAGUAGGGUUCCUAGCAGUCCUAAUAAGAUUGCCAUGAGAAUAACAUCAAUUUGUAACCAAGGAUCUUCUUCUUCAUGGCGUUUGAAUGGUUCAAGCGUUACUGGAUGACUGUGAAAUUUGAAACGAUAAAUGCAAAUGUACCGACUAUCAAGACUGUUUAUGGCUAUGAUGCUUUUAUUUUUGAAGAAACAAUAUAUUUUAUUAAAUAGACAGAGGUGAUGGCAACUCAUAUUUUUGAAGAAUGAUACGUUAAAUGUUCAAGAUUGUAAAACAAUGUAUAAUUAAUACUCUCAAGUUAAUUGUAAAAUACGAAAAUAAUUUCGGAAUAGUAUCUACUUAAAAUAAAGUAUAAAACUACAUUAUGAUAGUA